AUGCCGCCCUCUCAGAACGGCAAGGCCGCCAAGGCUCGUCGUCGCAAGCCUUCACUCCUUCCUUCUGACGAGGCGGCGAAGGUCAAGAUUCGUGGUUGCAAGCCCAGUGCUCCGGAAGUCACCGAAGAUAUCCAGGGUUGGCUCUCCAAGCAAUGGACCAGCGAUCGCAUCACUCCACUCCUGACCAACCCGAACAAGACUUUGGCCCCUAAGGAGUACCUGUCCCCCGAAGAUGCGGAGAAUCUGGCGAUCCAGCACGUCGGCAUCAACGAGGCCAUCGCCGACGUUCUCACUCGUCUCUUCAAGAUGGACCCCCUCGGACGGCGUCAGGAGCAGGAGACGGAGUCGCAAUACAACGCAAGGCUCAGUGUUAUUCGUAAAUUCUUGACCAAGGCGAGCAAAGCCCAUCACGCAACACCAUGCCCCGCCCCGGUCGUCGUCAUUGAUCUCCCUUCCGUCAAUCGCGUCCCCCAGAAGCGCCAGCCCGUCCAUAUCUACGCCGCACAACGUGCCGAGCAGGACAAGCGCGCUCGGGAGAGCACAGCUGGGCAAGUCAUCAGCGUUCAAGAUGACCUGGGUGUAAACGGUGACACAACCAACUCGGAGCUGGCCUUCGGUGGUGAAUGGGAGCAGGACGAUGUUGGCGAUGCCUCCGUGGCAGAGGCGUCUGGCAACAAAGGUAAGAGGCAAGGCGUCAUUCACGAGAUCAUGAAGGAGUAUCGCGACGAAUGGAACAACCUCUCUCAAGAGGAGCAGCAACCUUACAUCGAUGCCGCUCAGGAAGAGACGGCGAGGAGGGUUGAGGCGAUGAAGAACGGUGAUAAGUCGUUUGCUCGCGAUAUGCUCCCCGAGUCCACGAUCAAGUUCCAUGAGGCCGUGAUCAAGGCUACCGACUGUUUCGUCACCACUAUCCUGUGCGGGCCUAACGACUCCGGCGUCAAGGUUGAAAUCAUUGAGAAUGGGGUCUCGAGGACGAAGGAGACCCUCUGGACCAUAAAUGCGGAGCAAACCAACGAAGUCGUGACAACCGUCUGUCAAAGCGGCGUGCCGCCAAAGUCGCACACAAGCGGCGACACCUCCGAAGGUGGCUCGGUCCCAGAUGAAGAGCACGCGGCCAUGAGCGAGUCCGCGACCCCGGACUUCCUCCUAGAUGUUGAUGACGACCCCCUCAACAUAUCACAACGUACUAGCAUGGAUGAUGGACCCUGA